UAGGAGCAGUUAAGCGAUCAAACGUGGGUUAGGUGAAAAUAACGGCUCCUGUCACAAUGUAGUGUGUAAUAAUGUUGUUGUGAUAUUAUAAUAAUAAACGUACAUCGAUAUACGCGUAGAUUUCAACACCGUGUGAUCCAUCACGGAAUACAUGGAUGUUGCGAACGGGCAAAAGCCCCUCAGUGGGCAAUCUUCUGUCACUGGUGGUUCAGGAAUGGAUAAAGGAAAAGAGUGGCAGAUGGAAUUGCUUAUGGAAAAAUUACGUUCCAAGGCUUCCACGUUUAAGUCCUUGGUGGAAACUGCCAAAAACCUACGCAUGGCAAUGCUGGAUAAGAGGUUUGCGAUCGAUAGUGCAGAAAAAGGUCAACUACAAAAAUGUUUAGAUACUUUACAACAUUCCAUAAAAGUGACCUCCUUGCAAUCUAUGGUAGAGCGCUUGGAGAGUUUGACCAGGCAAUUGGGCUUAAAGUUUAUGAUGUCUGGUCCACCAGGUACAGAGUUGUUUAUAUCGUCGGAUAUGUUCUUUUUGGAAGUUCUUUUGGAGCCAACAGGUGUAGUUAAAGAUGUUAAAAUUCACCAUGAAGGGAAAAAUGAGCAGCAGAGCUGCGAUGUGUUGGUAUCUUGUCUGACGCGAGGAGAUUUCCUUGAUUUUACAGUACAAUUAGAAGGCUUAGCUUCAAUAUAUCAAUUGAAUGCAGAUAAAAAGGUAAAAUGUAAAGCAUUUAGUGCUUUACAAUCGCUGGAGGCUGAUCUGGGUAUCUUAGCACAAUUGCAGACAUUUAUCAAGGAACCUUUUAAUCUUGUUCAUAAAAGCCCAGUCGGAAUUCUUGAGCGAAGACGGGGAGGCCAUGCGAUGAAAUUAACAUAUUUCGUUUCUCCUUACGACUUAAUGGAUCAAGAGAAUCAUACCUGCGAUGCAUUGAGUUCGGAAGUAGUUAUUAAACGGAAGAUUGGCCAUUCCGUAACAGUUUGUAUGGAAGGUUCUACUGCUCACAAGUUGCCUACAUCUAGUAUCAUAACUGUAAAUAGAAGUCCUACAGGAAAAAGUACUCCAUCCUAUGCUCCGUUAACUGGUACAAAUUCAUCCGUAUUACCCGCUUGCUUCGUAUUGAAACUUGUUAAGAAGAUGCCAAUGUGCAUGGAAUUAAUACGUAGGAUACAGAAGGUUACGGAACUCGAAUGCGGAGACAUAUCGGCUCCCCAUCCGUUGCUUAGUUUGAUUAUUCAGCACGCCAGCGAGGGUCAGUUGGAUUGUCGGAACAACAGAGGACUUUACGUUACUUUACCAGAUCAACAGCACUGCUACUUCAUGACGGAAAACAGAAACAUGGAAGGUGUAUUAGUAUGUAGCAUACCUUUCACGCAUCCGGCACACGUUCCACAGAUCUUGGUGUACUUGCGUCAACAAGCGCUGUUCAACACUUUGAUCGCGAGUUGCGUUAGACCUAUGGCGCGCCACGAUCCAGAACACGCGACUAUAUUCGAAGUGAGCGCUUUAUCAUGGCAACACAUAUCGGUAAGUUUGGAGCACCCGUUCGAGGAGACGAUGGCGACGGUGGAACUGGAUCUGACGGACAUCUCCGCGCUGAAGUGCAAAUUGUAUGGCAUCAGUAUAACGAACACGGAGCGAACGUCAGAUUUGACUGGAAAAGUCUUGCAGAAGUGUUUGAGCAUACCAUUGACGAUGAGGAUUCUCAUGAAGUCGUGGGAGAGUCGAGACUCGUUGACAGCGAUGAACAGUAUGAACAGCGGGAACGGGAACUAUAGCGUUAACCUUGGUUCUGGCAAGGAUCAGAACAGCCAAAACGGUUCCGGGAUGCCGGAUUUUACCAACGGCGAGACGAAAAUACAGCAGGAGCCCGGCCUGAACAACGGAAACGGAACGAUGGGGAGGCAACAGUCGUCGCAACAGCAACAGCUGCAACAACAACAACAACAACAACAACAACAACAGCAACAACAGUCUUUUUUAGAUGCCGGAACGGAGAAUAGUAUCGGUUUUCCGUCGUAUUCCGGCCAAUCCGAUACCACGACUACUGCGAUGUUGAACCCUUUGCAAUUGGGGGCGUUGCUUGGACAAGCAAAAAACUCUUUGGCCAAUCCUCUGAACGAGCGCGCGAAAAAGACGCGUAAACGAAAAACGGCGGACGGUAUUUGGCGAAGCCCAAAGAGGAAAGGCGACGAGACGGCGGAGAUAUUGUUGGAGAGUUCCAGUUCCGACUCGACGCCCCUCGGUACGCCGACCGGUGGCAGAGAAACCAUGAACGAAACGAGAACGUCCACACCGACGUCCGCCACGAGUUUAACCAGCGGUUUAGAUUUUUCCAAUUUAGAUCCCACGGACAUUCUAGGAACGGACAAGAGCUCCGAUUACGAUUUCGACAAUGAAAGCGAGAUAACGGACGUGCACGACUUGCAAGACGUGGAAGAGUUGAUAAAAAGAGAUCGCAAGUCGCGGAAAAGGGAAGAGAAAAAGAGCCCGAUUAUAUUCGAAGAGAACAAAAGCCUGGUGCCGCCAUCAGUAAGUAUAACGCCAAUUUCAAGCAGUAGUUUGGGUCAAGCCACGAACUAUAACUCUGUACUUACGGGGAUGGGUUUGGAAAGGAGACCCGGCAUUGAAAUAAUACCGAUAGCCUCGUCGCCGCAGACUACUUUACCGAGUUCUAUUACUAUAACUCCGAUAGCUGGACCAACGCAGUCGAAAAGCUUGACGGACGAGCGCAGAGAGAGAAAGAGCUCGAAGGGAAAGUCGACGGAGGAUAAGGGCAAGCUGGAAAAGAGACGGAAACGGAAAAGAGAGGACAGUCCUAUGGGACCGCCGCCGGACAAGAUACCGUCUAAACAGGAUCCGUUGUCGAAACCGGUUACGGUCAGCAUCAAACCGACCGAGUCGCCGCCAAAUUUGAGCGCGCGACCCUCCUCGCCGGCCACGACCUUAAGAAAAUUUAGCCCGUCUCCGACGCAUACCAGCCCGCUAGCUCUUGUAGGUAAGUCCAGUCCUACGUUGAAACAGUCAACGAACAAGCCGGUGCAAAGUCCAAAGCACUCUCCGGUCUAUAGUAGCAGUCCCAAGCACACGCCGGUGCCUGCUAGCGUGAGCCCUAAACACGGUACGUCGUCGCCCAAGCACGGUAGCUCGGCGAGCACCGGUAAACCGAGCAUGUCCGCCCUGAAGUCGGCGGCGAACUCGCCGUCCAGCAAGACCGGCGAUUCCAGUCAGUCGAAAACGAAGUCUUCCUCCUCGUCCUCGAGCAAGGAAUCGAACCGGGACAAGGAGAGAAAGACGUCGUCGUUGACGUUCGGCGGUUCGAGCGGUCACCAGAGCCCGAAAACAAAGUCCUCUAGCGGUAAGUUGAAACAGUUGGAAUUAAUUCCCAGCGGCGAGACGCAGUCCGCCCUGCCCAACAGCGGCGGCAGCACGCCGCCGUCCGGCAGCUCGGACCUCGGCAAGUCCGCCAUCGCCCAGCAACAGGCGAGAAACAGAAAGGGCUCGUUGAGCGCGGUCAUCGACAAGCUUAAGAACGCUCAGAACUGCACGGACGACAACGGCAACGGCGGCGCUAAGUCCGCCGCCGGCGGUGGCGGGAACUCGAGCGGUCAGAAAGAGAGAAGCGUCGGCAGCUCGUCGAACAAGGCCACCGAGGGAAAGUGCAUCGGUAAGAACAUGGAGUCGAAGAACCCGGCGGAGUACAUGGUGAAGCACAGCUCCGACGGCAUGAAGAUAACGAUCAACAAAACACGCACAAAGGACUCGAAGUCCGGGGCGAAUCUUAAACUGUCUUCGUCCUCCGCUUCCGUGGCGACCGGCGCGUCUUCCGGCUCGUCCGGUUCGUCAGCUUCCAUGUCGGGCAACGGCUCGCCGAAGACGCACACCGGUUUGAAGCCAGGCGUGAGUUCCGGUCCCGCGUCCAAGAAACCCCCGUCCCAGACGUCACCGAAGCUGUCCGGUUCCUCGUCUUCCGGCUCCGGGAGCAGCAGCGGUAGCAAAGCGACGUUGAUGGGCCAGAAGAUGCUGUCUGCCUUGAAGUCCAUACCGGGGCCGAACUCCAGCAGCGGGAACGGCGCCGGGGGUAUCAACGUGGGCGGCAGCGGCAGCGGGGGCAUGUUAUCCAAAACCGUCAUGUCCUCGAAGUCAUCCUCGAACUCGCCGAAGACCACCAGCUCGGGGGUGACGGACCUCAGUCGGAAUCGCGACAAGUCCCGGUUGUCCAAGUCCAGCGACAAGGGUCUGUUUCCGUCGAAGGGCAUCGGCGACACGAGAAAAUCGAGCCCCUCCGGUCUGCGGGAGGAGAGCGAGAGCGAACGAGCGUUCAAGUUGUUGGCCGCCCACGCUUCCAUGUCGAACCUGUCCAGUCUGCCGAAUUUGUCGCCGCAGCUGGUCGUCGAGGGUCUCAUGAAGCAGCUGGACACCAAGUUCCAGAUACCGAAACUGUCCGCCAGAGCGAACGCGGACUCCGGCGACAAGAAGUCGGAGAAGCUCUCCAUGCUGCCCGACCCCGGGAAGACGCUGGACAGUCUGACGUCGAAGCAGUCGGAACAGUCGAAGCUGCAAACGAUAUCGAACGCGGCGUCCGUGGCCGCGAAAGCAACGUCGGAUGAUCAGUCGAGCCAGGGUAGACGGGACCACGUGCAGACCAAGCCCGACAAUCUCUCCAUGACGAGCGCCACCUCGGUGAUGUCCAUGAAUCUGGCCGCAGACGGGGCCAGCAGCCUUUUGCUACCCGCUUUGUCCGCCGCCGGCGCCCACGAUCUGGACAUCCCGACCAACCUCUCGAUGCAGUCGACCGAGAACGAGUCACGCGACCCGUGCAAGGAGCCGUCGUCGAUGGCCAGGAGCAACGCGCAGUUUCUGGGUAGCACACUGAACUCCACGGCCGUUGGCAAGGACGACGCCAGCGGCGGUGGCCCGGUAAUGGCCGUUCUACCAAAAAGUUCCGACGUACAGUCUACCAGUAAACCCGUGUACUCCGGCAUGUUGGCCACCGGCGCCAUAACCGGCGGCAACACGUCGAACGCAUCGGGCUCCGGCAACGGGGCCACGGAGAGCCUGAACCUGAGCAUCAAACCGGUGGACGCGACCAUGACAAAGUACAAAUCCGACGAGAAGAAGCAACAGCAACAGCAGCAGCAGCAGCAACAACCGCAACAGCAACAGCAGUCGCAGCAACAGCAGCAGCAGCAGCAACCGCAACAGCAACAGCAAGUAUCGUCUUCCGGUGGUUCGUCGAGUUCCUCCUCGUUGGCCGCGGUGAUAAGUUCGGAGGGCGCCGCGAACGCUAUUAAAACCGCGGGGAUAGAGUUGCCGGCGACGACGUCACAGGAGGCCGCGGAGAUGCUGCUGGACUUCUCCACGCCGAAGGACGUGGCGAAGAGCCUGAACUUCACGAGCAUUCCCGAGAGGGCGAUGACCCAGGCGGCCUCGGUGCGAAGAAACACGCCGCCGCCGCCUCCUCCCGCCUUCCCGGCUAGUCCCUCCGUGAGCGUGCACAUUGUAAAAAGUCCCGCACCCUCGCCGAGGGUUAUACCGCCGUCGCCUCACUCCACCUCGCCGUGCAUCACCGACGACGAGCUGAUGGACGAGGCGCUGGUAGGAAUGGGCAAAUGAAGGUUACUGAAACUCUAGACAGAAUUUUAUCCGCGUGUUGUAGCCGCGUAGCGCAAGGCGCAGGGUGUCCCGGUCGGCUCGCGAGCAGGGACGAUCACCUACGUGGAUUUAAAUGUACGCGAAAUUUCCGUAAUUUCAAUAUUCCUCUGUAACAUCGAAUUAAGCGGACGCCACCUGACUACAAACCUAGCGCUAUAGGUUGAUCAUAGAGACAAUUUACCGAUGGCGUACGCGUUCGACUUUACCGGAGUAAUUACCGAGGAAUAUGAACUUUUAACUCCAUUGUACCGUUCUGUUUAUAUUGUAAAAACGAAGAUGGCGUGUCACAGGUUUUUGUUUUUAAUAACUUCAAAAAUUAGUUUUAUCAGGUCGAAUACGUCUGUACUAGCCGGUUAUGGUUCCUUUUACUGGUUUUCUACCCCCCGCUAUGCCUACUCUGCAGAGUUGGGACUUUGGGACCAAGGCUUGCUGGGAACCUAACCAGCGAGGAUCCUGAUGGUGGGAGGAUCGGUUGUGGAACUCCCGUGGAAGAAGUUCGUCGUCCCUGACCUGUAUCAUCCCACGCUUGGCGUACUCCAUCUUUUAACACGUUGACUGCCACAUUUAGGAACGUCUUCCAUAUUUGCUUAAAUAUCACCGCGAAAGACAGAGAUAUUUAAUCGUUAAACGAUGUACUCGUUUGAGUGGUUUCAAACUCAUUUAAGAACAGGCCUUCGAAUGAAAUAAGCUUCCUUGAAAUAGUUUUAGCAAUUCGGAGGCAAUUCAUUGGAAUUUUACGUUUAUUAGGUUUUUUCACGGAUUUACGAAAAUAAAAAAAUAGUGCACGACAAAGGAACUCUAGGUGUUAGUAUCAAAUGAUAGGAUAAAAUUAGAAAUCUGAGAAAUUACGGAGACUAGUAUAUUUUUACUAAAAACUUGGCGUUCGGGUGUGUACCCGAAAUUAUUAUAUAAAUACGUUUACAUACGUAUCGUUGUAUUCGUACCGCUGUUAUAUUAUUA